GUGCCUGCUCUCCGCUGUUUUCCUUUUUAUGGAUUGACUGCGACAGCUGCCAAUGUGUGCUUCAUCUCCGUGAAGUUGGGACAACACCGGAGUAAUGCCGCUGGCUCGCAGCCUGUCCGUUACGUCCCUGUCGGGGCUGGAGGAGUGGGACGAGGAGUUCGAUUUGGAGGAUGCUGUUCUUUUUGAAAUCGCCUGGGAGGUGGCUAACAAAGUUGGAGGCAUCUACACCGUCAUCCAGACCAAAGCCCGUCUGACCGCAGAGGAAUGGGGGGAGAACUAUUUCCUGGUGGGUCCCUAUGUGGAGAGCAACGUGCGCACUCAGGUGGAGCUGAUCGAGCCCACCAACCCCGUGCUGAAGCGAACCAUUGACAAGAUGAACGCCAGUGGCUGUAAGGUCUACUUUGGCCGCUGGCUGAUUGAGGGCAGCCCAUAUGUUGUCCUGAUAGACGUCGCCUUCACCGCCUGGUCUCUGGACCGCUGGAAGAGCGAGCUGUGGGAGCUGUGUGACAUCGGCGUGCCGUGGUUCGACCGCGAGGCCAACGAUGCCGUGUUGUUUGGCUUCCUGACAGCUUGGCUUCUCGGAGAGUACGUCGCUCAGAGUGAGGAGCCUCCACACGUUGUCGCUCAUUUCCAUGAGUGGCUGGCCGGCCUGGGCCUGGUGUUGUGUCGACACAGACAGCUGCCUGUUGCAACCAUCUUCACCACUCAUGCUACACUGCUGGGACGCUACCUGUGUGCUGGAAACGUGGACUUCUAUAACAACCUUGCAGAGUUCAAUGUGGAUAAGGAAGCUGGCGACCGACAGAUCUACCAUCGCUACUGUUUGGAGCGAGCGGCUGCACACUGUGCCCACGUCUUCACCACAGUGUCCCAAAUUACAGCCAUUGAAGCAGAACACCUGCUCAAGAGGAAACCAGAUGUUGUCACUCCUAACGGUCUCAACGUGAAGAAGUUCUCAGCUGUGCACGAGUUUCAAAACCUCCACGCUCAGAGCAAAAACCGGAUUCAGGAGUUUGUCAGGGGACAUUUCUACGGGCAUCUUGACUUCAACCUGGACAAGUGCUUGUUCCUUUUCAUAGCCGGAAGGUACGAAUUCUCCAACAAAGGAGCCGACCUCUUCUUGGAGGCCUUAGCCAGACUCAACUAUCUGCUGAGAGUCAACCAUAGCGACGUGACGGUCAUUGCGUUCUUCAUCAUGCCGGCUCGGACAAACAACUUCAACGUGGAGACGCUGAAGGGCCAAGCAGUCAGGAAGCAGCUCUGGGAUACAGCUCAAACUGUGAAGGAACGCUUUGGAAAGAAACUUUAUGAGUCUCUUCUAGUUGGGCAGCUGCCAGAUGUGUCAAAGAUGUUGGACAAAGAGGACUUCACCAUCAUGAAGCGUGCCAUCUUUGCGACUCAGAGACAGUGCCAGCCUCCGAUCUGCACCCACAACAUGCUGGAGGACAGCAGUGACCCCAUCCUCAACUGCGUCCGCCGCAUCGGCCUUUUCAACAGUUCUGCUGACCGAGUCAAGAUUAUCUUCCAUCCAGAGUUCCUUUCGUCCACCUCUCCUCUACUUCCAAUGGAUUAUGAGGAGUUCGUAAGAGGAUGCCACCUCGGCGUCUUCCCCUCUUACUAUGAACCUUGGGGAUACACGCCAGCUGAGUGCACCGUCAUGGGAAUUCCAUCGAUCUCAACCAACCUGUCGGGCUUUGGCUGUUUCAUGGAGGAGCACAUAGCGGACCCCACAGCAUAUGGUAUUUACAUCCUGGAUCGGCGGUUCCGGGGGGUUGACGAGUCGUGCAACCAGCUCACUUCGUUCCUGUUCCAGUUCUGCAAGCAGAGCCGACGCCAGCGGAUCAUCCAGAGGAACCGGACUGAGCGCCUGAGUGACCUCCUGGACUGGAGAUACCUCGGCAGAUAUUACAUAUCUGCCCGUCACAUGGCCCUGGCUAAAGCCUUCCCUGACACCUACCUGUAUGAACCUCAUGACCCCACAUCAACUACAGGUUUCCGUUACCCCCGCCCAGCCUCGGUGCCGCCAUCCCCAGCUCUGUCACGCCACUCCUCCCCGCACCACAGCGAGGCCGAAGACAACGACGAAGACGAGCGCUACGACGAGGACCUGGAGGCGGAGAAGGACCGAGUGAACAUCCGCCAGCCCUACUCCCUGCCGUUCAAAAACAAGUUGCCCGCUGCCAAUGGGGCCAAAGGGGCCAAUGGAGCCAACGGGGCCAACGGGGCCAUUGGGAACAGCGACGCAAGCGAAAAAAACUAAGACGGACACACGCACGCAUACAGUAUAUGCUACACCUCACUAGCGAAACUCUAUCUGUGGCAGUCGUUGAAGUCAUCCACGUACUUGCAAACUUUACAAACGAGUGCAGUUGUGUGAACACACGUGAUGAAUUUGAAAUCGGUAUGUUAUGACAAAAAAAAUUGCAUCACUGUCAGUGUCUUCCCGAACCUGUGCGUACCUCAGAAUUUUUUUACAAAUGUCCGUCAGUUUCAGUAUCAUUUCAGUUACACCAGCAGUGCAGCCAGUGGUUUUCUUCGGGGAGUAAAUACAGCAGCUAAAAAGGCUCAACGUGGAGAAAAAAAAUAAUAAAUCAGGAUUGCUGGAUUUUGUAGCGUACUAACACUGGAUAACAUAGGCCUGAAGCAGUGGAAAAGCUAACAGGAUUAUUAUGGGUUUCUGGAGAUAGAUUUUAUACUUGAUUCAAAGGUGGGCCAGAGCAGGGAAAACAACAAAACCCUCCUUUCUACCAGCUUGUCAUCUUAAUGCAUUUAAAGUUUUCCUGUAAAAAGAAAAAAAAAAAGGCCCAUGUAAAGACAUUAGACACUGUCAGCAUCUGUUCUUCGUACUCGUGUUUCACUUAUGAUGAUGAUUCAGUGCUUCAAACUGUCCACCUUGUUGUAGCAUUUUUUUUCUUGUCUUUCUGUCCUUCAAAUGCCUUGUUUACUACCAAACUUCUCAGAAUGGAGAUAUGAUGCAGAGCACACACAUGCACAACAACAAGUAGCAUCAGAAAACAAUGCUGUCAUCUGGAGAAUAGUGUCAGCAGGUGUGUGUUUUUCGUUUUGUUCCUGCGCCUUAUUGUGUCACAGUGAUGAUUGCUGGUAAACAACCUCAUACUCGUACUAUGUGUGUGUUUGUGUGUGUGUGUGUGUGUGGAGAUGGUUAAUCCUCAGAUCGCCUUUAUUUAUUUGUGAAAGGAAAAGAGGUGUGAAAAAACAGGACUUUGUGUGAAGAUGGCAACCAUGUUUUCAGGGGGAAGACCUUUAGAGAAAAAAAGGGCUACAGAAGGAGGAAAUCUUAACUAUGUGGAAAAAGGAAAAAAGUUUUACCAGGCGUUUACUCACUAUCACUCCCUGUAAGAGCUGUAUCAUUUGUUACAAUCUUGCACCAGAUGAACUUAUAAUAAAGUUGAAAUAUAUAUAUCUAUAUAUAAA